AUGGCGGGAGAUAAAGCAGCCCCAUUCUUUACAUGUUUGAAGAAGGAUUCAACAUUUCAAUGGACUGAAUCGUGCGAGCAAGCGUUUACCAAGUUGAAAGAAUUACUGGCAACACCGCCGGUGCUAUCCAAACCAACUCCAAAUGUCCCUUUAAUUCUUUACUUGGCGGUCACCGAUAAAGCAUUUAGCACUGUAUUACUUCAAGAAGAGAAGAAAAAGUAUAAGAUUAUUUACUUUGUUAGCCAUACUUUGCAAGGCGCUGAGUUGCGAUACCAAAAAAUUGAAAAGGCGGCAUUGGUAAUUCUGAAAACAGCAAGAUGCCUCAGACCAUACUUCCAAAGUUUCCAAGUGAAGGUUAAAACCAAAAUUCUGUUGAGACAAAUAUUACAAAAGCCUGACUUGUCAGGGCGAUUAGGCAGUUGGUCGGUAGAGUUAUCUGAAUAUGACAUUCAGUAUGAGCCAAGGGGGACCGUCACAAUCCAGAUUUUGAUUGACUUUGUGGCGGAAAUGACGCCCACUGAAGACGAGGGAGAAAGCGGUGAGUCGAUUUUAUCUGUUGAUGGAUCUUCAAAUGACAAGGGAAGUGGGGUGGGGAUAACUAUCGAAAACCCAGACAAGAUGACCAUUGAACAAUCCCAGAAAUUUGAGUUCAGGGCGAGCAACAAUCAAGCGGAAUUUGAAGCAUUAAUAGCCGGAUUAAGACUCGCCGUGGAGUUGGGAGUCCAAAAGCUGUUCAUCAAAGGCGAUUCACAGUUAGUGGUUAAAAAAUUAAAGGGAGAAUAUCAAGUAAAGGACCCACAACUUUCCAAAUACUUGGAAAUUGUGCAUAGGUUAAUGAUGGAGAUUGAAAAAGUCAGGAUAGAACAUAUCCCAAGAAGUCAAAAUGAGCGGGAUGAUGUAUUGGCAAAGUUGGCUAGCACUGGUCGAUUAGGAAAUUAUCAAACAGUCAUACAAGAAACUCUUCCUCACCCAAGUAUUGACCUUGUUGAGAUAAAACUAAAGGCGAUAAAGGCCAUAACAGACGGAGAACCCUCUUGGAUGGAGCCGAUAAAGAAAUUCCUCCAAAAUCCCCCAAAAGAAGACAAUUUGAAUACAAGAGAAAGGCGACGGGAGGCCAGCUUCUACACACUAGUGGGCGAUGAUUUAUACAGGCGGGGAAUAAUGUCACCAUUGCUCAAAUGCGUAGACAUUAAAGAUGCCCAAGGCAUCAUGGCAGAAGUUCACGAAGGUGUAUGCUCCAGCCAUAUAGGAGGGCGAUCUUUAGCAGUAAAGGUGCUAAGAGCAGGGUUUUAUUGGUCAACGAUAAAGAAAGAUUGUCUAGAGUACAUGAAAAGAUUUGUCAAGUAA